AUGAAUUAAUAAGUGCAGACUAAAGCUGCUUCUUAAUUAUAGUUUAUUGUUCCUCAAAAGGCAUAAUUAAUUUUCGAUAUUAAUUAAGCAUACUAGGCUUAUUCUUUACCAAAAAUUUAAUAUAGAUAAUAAUUACCAGAAUUACCAGAUAUACCUUCAAAAUCCAUAAAGUAAUUUGAUGAAAAAUAAGAAUAAUCUAAACUCAAGAAUGAUAAUUAAAUUUUUAAGGAAUGGAAUGUUAAUUACUAAGAGGAUAUAUUGUAUAUUCAAUUAAAUAAUAUAGAAAGAGAUUAGCAAACAAUAAAUAACUGAAAGCUCAAUAAAAUACAGAUUUAUUAGAUAAUUUAAGAUCAAUUUCAAAGGAGCCUCCAAAAAAGAAAAAUCGAAUGCAUAAAACUAAGUUUAAAAUAGUAAAAAAUGAAAAGAAUCAUCCAAUCGUCGAAUAGACAAUGUGUUAAUAUAUUUCUUAAAAGUAAUUUAAAUAACAAAAUUAGUAUUUAAACUCAGGUGCCUGGAAGUGCAAAUAAUUAAGAUUAUGAUACUAGCGCUCCUUUUUUUAUUCCAACCCUAGAAUUUGCAGAAUAAUUGAAUGAAGAAAAGCAAACAUUUAAAAAAGUAAUAAAUAAAAUUAAUUUGAAAAGAAAUAUGGAUUCGAUGAUGUGACUUUAAGAAAGAAUAAAUUAAUUUUAGAAGAAGUCGUAUUGUUGAGAUUAUAGAAAAAAGAGAAAAUAAGACAGAAAAAUUAAAUAAUAAAUUAAGUUAAAAAAGAUAAUGAUAUCGAUUAAUAGCAAAAGAAUAAAAUUAAAAUAUAAUAUUGA